AUGGAAGAACCAUCACCGUCCACCUACGCUUUUUGCAAACCUACAGCGCAAACGCUGGUAUCGGUAUGCACUGCGUUGCCCGACAUGCUACAGCGUUGCCGUAGCUGUGUGCGAUAUCGGACAGAUAUGGUGGUCACUAAGCUUCGAAACUUAAUCCGUAUGAGGUCGCUACAGUCUGGAGGAAACUCAGUGCAGCGCAGUUUCAAGGGUGACUUAAGUUUCGACGCUAAACGACAGACAUCCUGGUUAACGUCGCCAGGGACAACCGUGAUCGUGGAUGGUAUGGCACUCGCAGAGGAAUUACCCGAUAUGGCUUCCGAGGACACCAACGACACUGCUAUCAGUUGCCUCGGAGAUUGGCCGGGAGGAAGUGGACAUCAGGCGUGCAACGUUGCCGCCGUUUAA